AUGGGUCCCACUAUUCCUCGCCCCUUCACUAGCACACAUCCUUCAAGCUCUGCCAUCAGCCCAAAAACCAGCCCCCACCCCAACACCAUCUAUCCCCCAGAUGGCCGUCCAAUGGGGCCGAUCCCUGGUCCUGGUCCCCAGGCCUCACCGAACUUUGUGCCACCUCAGAAGUAUCACCGUGAGCGUGAUUUACAUGUCAGAAAUGCCGAUGCCGAAACGAGGAGCUCCGUGUCUGUCCCUCCUCCACCGUAUCCCGGGCCAUACCUUGAUUCCGCCGGUACGACAGCUAGCAAUUUUGGUUACCAAGCCUCCAAUCAGGGGUAUGCUACUGGCGCUUACCCGCCCCAUGAUCCGCAUCCGACUUCUCGAUCACGGGCUCGCGAAGCUUACGCUAACACCUCCGAAUCUAGCACAGGAUAUGACCCUAACGCAAGACACAGUGUCAUGUCGAACUCCAGCUAUUAUACUGCUGUUCCAGGCAGCCAGGAGAAUUCCGGUUAUCAAAAUUUCAAUCAGGGGUAUGGCGUUCACCCGACCCAUGAUCCGUCUCGAUCACGAGCUCGCGAAUCUUACGCCAAUGCCUCCCAAUCUGGCGCAGGAUAUGUAGACCCUAACGCGUACACAAGACAUAGUUUCAUGUCGAACUCCAGCUAUCAUACGACGCAGACUACAGGAAGUCAGGAGAAUUAUGGUUACCAAGCUUACAAUCAGGGGCAUACAACUGGCACUUACAAUCCGUCUGGGCCGUCCCAUCAUCCCCAACCGACUUCUCGACCGCGGGCUCACGAAACCUACGCUCAUGCCUCCGGCUCUGGCACAGGAUAUGACCCUAACGCAAGACACAGUGUCAUGUCCAACUCCAGCUAUUAUACAACCCGGACGACUGCUGUUCCAGGAAGCCAGGAGAGUUUGCGUAUGAUUCCAUCUGAAGAAUGA